UUGAAGUUUAUAAAAUUUAGGGAUUUCAGAUAAAUUGGUGAUGCAUAAAACUGGACAUCGGAAGAAGGUGGAGAAUGGGGAAGAAGGGAAGUUAAUGAAGCAGCCAGCGGUUUUUAUGGUCUAUCACGUGAUCUGGAUUCUCAACUGAAUUGAAAUUCUGUACUUGAUUCAUAAUCUCUGAACUUCUUAUAAAGAUUCCAGGUUUUACUUCUUCCUCUUCAUAUUGUUCAACAUAGCGUGAAUGGUAGCCUCUAUUCUUUACGCUGACUAUUAUGAGAGAGGAUAUGGAAGAAGUCUAUGGACAAAGGCGAUCUUGGUCCUAUUUGUUAUCACUUCUGUAUUUUGAUGACUCAUAGUAUACUUCUUAGAGCUAAGUGAUCUGGUCAGAUUUAAUCAGCUCCAAAGCGACGAGGUACAACAAAGCUUAGAAAAUAUGCUCUUGUUCACAGUCCCAGUGCUACACUGAGUUAUGCUCGGCUAUAUAGCAGUCUUAAGGUCCAGGCCUGCAGUCAAGAGACCCGAUAGUUAUAGUGAAGCGCAGCGUAAGUUGAAUCCGAGGAAUACUUACUCUCGACAAAGAGAUGAACCAGAGACUCAGGUGUAG